UCCGACCUUCGAACCUCUUCCAAAAUUUCCAGUUUAGACCUAAGAAGUCAGUGCGGGAACGAGGUGAUAGUACUAAUCUGCGGCAGCGGCAGCAGCAGCAGCAGCAGCAGCAGAGCCCGACUUACCCGACGUUACUUCACCGUUCAAUAGUGGUGAAGGCACGUUAUGACUAGUUCCUUGUCAACUCAUUUCCACUAGUCCGAUCCCUCCCCUGUCCUCCUUCCCUUACACGACAUCGGGGUUGAUUGAGAGCCCGUUUCGCCUUCAGAGGCGCAAGAUGGUUUCGGAUGCUCUCAAACCAGUCGUGGGGAGACAGUGUCUUUAUCCAGGCUGCUCUUCCAUGCUGAUAACGUCGCAACGGUACUGCCUUCAGCAUCAAGACUCGCAUAUCAACAGGCACGACCAGCAGCAAGCUGGUCAUGGCCGAUCGGUCGGAGGACACUCUUUAGCCGAGGAGGGCUUCCUUCGCAGCCCUGAGCGGCAACAUGGUCGGCCCCGUAUGGCCCCCGAUUCUUACCCCACCGAGCCUGGUCCCUCCAUGCAUCCGAGACAGUUUGGUCAAACUGGACCCGGCCUUCCUGUCAACUCCCGGCUAGACUCUGAAUUCGCCCAACAAGCCACCAAGACAGCUAAAAAGACGGCAAAGACUUCAUCAGUUAGCCGGAUGUACAUGGCACCCUCCCCCCGGAUGGUGAGAACUCAGCCUCCGUCCUCCAGGGAAUCCUUUGAAGUGGAUUCCGCUCGCUUUGAACACCAGUCGCUUGGCGGCCAGCGGAUUUCCGAUGCUACAACCAGGACCGCCCUAUUCAGUCUUCAUCCUAGCAAGGGCGCAGGAUCGCAGUCCUUCUCCCAUCUCCGUACCCCAACCGAGCCAGGCUUUGUUAAACACAAUGGACCUCAGACGGCCAAACGAGGGACGGAACUCACAGCACCAACUACGGCACCGCCCAAGGGCCCUUCUAGCGUCAAAGAGGAUAAAAUGGGUCCCUCAGAUUCUCGGGUCAACCGGGGAGACGCGCAGUCGCCAUCUUCCACUCCCACGACGGGAAAUGUACCGAGCUUUUGCGGGUUCUCGUCUACGAGAUUUGCACCUCUCGAUAUUCCCAUCCAAGGUACCGACGAAGGGUUGAGGACAAGUACAAACUCGUUGUCAAACGGACAAGACACAUCGAGUAAGAGCUUCCAGAGGAAGAGAUUAAAGAUCCCGGCUGCCGUUAAACGAGUACCUUCUGGGCUCCCCCCUCGGCCACUCCGCGCUGCCGUCAAGAGGGUACCUGCUGGGCUUCCACCUGUGCUAAUUCCCGACGAUGACGGUACGUCGGAUGAGUCCGAAUCAUCCCAAUCACCCCAGCGCCCUCAGAAGACGAGAAGGAUUCAUACGCCGGAACCAUCGCUCCCAUCGCUCCCAUCGGCCAAUGGCAAUCCCACAUCUAGUACUACGAUACAACAAGCUCCCCCGAUAAGCCAACCUGCAGCCUCUCUUAAUCUGCAACAUCUCGGUCUUCCGCCGCACCAGAAACCUGCUAAUGAUUCCUCUCGAGGAUCAGUUGCCUCGUCGGUUGAGCGACAACAGCCAGCGCCCUCUACCGUCGAGGAUCCUCUUCGCUCCGUAAAUACACCCAGUCAGACUGAGGACUGCUUCUCCUUCGUUGGAGAGGAGGAGAGAAUCCUGGGUAAGCACAACGGCGGCCAAACACCUUCGCCUCCAGGCGCGACAUCGCAUGUCUCUCAGGAAGCGCAUCGUCUACGGAAGGCCGCGACUUUCGACCAAGCAAAGUUCGAUGCAGUGUUUUAUGGCCAGGAAUUAGCUGGGCCGCCUCCGUCCGGCGUGACGGUACCACCGGCUAAGCAGAAGCGUGCUCCGCCGCCCGGAGAAGAUGGCAAGCUUUACCUCAAUAUCGACCCGCGCAUUCACUGGCCUCGUAGAUGGACAGAUGAGUGGUAUGAAAAUAAGAUGAAGGAGAUUCGGGCGCGCGGCGGGCGGAAAGCAAACUGGGGUCGAGCUGCCCAGCGCAUGCGUGAGCAGCGGUUGGGUGAAAAGGCCCAGAGCCAAGUGGAAGCAGACGCUGUGGCACCAGCGCAGGCGUCAACGCCACGCUUGCGGGAGCCCGAGCCGUGGAUGCACCAUCGCCGGAUCGACUUUGAGGAUCUGUCAGAAGACGAACUGCCCGACUACGUACUGGAAAACCCAGCUUGGGCGCGUGCAUGUGCUUGGAUGCGUUCGAAUGCGGAGGAGCGCCGCCAACGUGCGAAGACAUCAGCUGGUGAGGCACUUCGGCGCAUUCUCUCCCAUACAACGUGACAAACGUAUUCGUAGAGGGAGACAGAGAGUGUGUGAGGAGAAGAAACGUUGGGGGGGGGGAAGGGGCAUAAGGGGCAUAAGGGGCAUAUGCCCACCAAUGACUCCUUGCUUUGUAUAAUUUAUACUCAGGGUAGAGUGAAGUGCACCUGCAACUCCAUAUAUUCGCGGCAAUGGACUGACGGAUGAGUUGAUGGAUUUGAAUCAUUGCCUGUACGAGAUGGAUCCAGGGAUAGAUUCUCGAAUCACGUUUGCUUCCGCCAACUGAAGGAGCCAUAAGCGUCGAUAUCUCUGGUAUAGGCU